GCGGGUGAGGCAGAGAGAGGCGACCAUGAGUGGGACGUCGGACUGAUCGAUGCCGGAGGGGCCAGUUCAAGAUGGCGGCGGCGCUCGCUGAGGAUCAACGGUACGGGCUGUCCUGUGGCAGAGCGAGUGGGGGCCCCGGCAGAGUCACCGUCUUUCACGUCAAAUUGACAGAGACAGCCUUCCGAGCGCUGGAAGCCUUUCAACAUUCAAAGAAUUCAUCCACAUCUCAACCAACAAUUCAAUUCCAGGGUCUCCAAGGCUUGGUAAAGAUUCCAAGAACAGAUGCCCCCAAAGAAGUGCGAAAUUUUGACUUCUAUGUGUCCAACAUUGGAAAAGAUAAUCCUCAGGGAAGCUUUGACUGUGUCCAGCAAUCCAUCUCCAGUAAUGGAGUUGCAGAACUGGACUGCUUUGGAAGCAUACAGGAUAAAGUUACAAUAUGUGCAACCAGCGAUUCCUAUCAAGUUACCAGGGAACGGAUGACUCAAGCAGAGGAGGAAACUCGUAGUCGAAGUACCAAAGUUAUUAAACCAGGUGGACGUUAUGUAGGUAAGCGAGUGCAGAUUCGUAAACCAGCACCAGGCAUCUCAGACGCUGUACCUGAACGGAAACGGUCAACCCCCAUUAACCCUGCAAAUACAUUAAGGAAGUGCAAUACAAACAACAGUGUUUCCCAGCGAUCGUAUAGAGAGAGAGUGAUCCACCUAUUGGUACUAAAACCCUUCAAGAAGCCAGAGCUACUGGCCCGAUUACAGAAAGAUGGUGUUAGUCAGAAAGACAAGAACUCUCUUGGACCAAUUCUGCAACAGGUGGCUAAUAUAAAUCCCAAAGACAAUUCGUACACUGUGAAGGAUUUUGUGUAUAAGGAGGUUCAAAGGGACUGGCCUGGCUACUCUGAAGACGACCGCCAGCUGUUUGACCGUGUGGUUGCCAGGAAGUUAUCUCAGAAUUCCAACAACAGUCAAGUAGAAUCCUUACCAUCCAGCUCACCUAAAGAAAAGGCGUCUGCAUCUCCAUCUCAGAAGCGUUCUCUGCCUUCAGAUUUCAUUGAUCCUUUGACAAGCAAGAAACUCAGAAUAUCACACCUUACCAAUCGUGUGCAACCAACCCUUAAUGGUCAUUUAAAUCCCUCCAGUGAGAAGACUGUUGCUGCUGCUGCCGCUCCUGCCACCCCUCCUCCCCCUCCUCCACCAUCUCCUAUGCCACUUUCAGUUUCUAUUGCUCACACUGUGAAUUCUAACUCCAAUUCCCCAUGCACACCUGAAGGAAGGGGAACUCAAGAUUUGCCAGUUGAUGCUAAUGGUCAAACUGGCAGGGGUUAUGAGGACCAGCAAGAAAAGCUUACCUCUAGGACUACAAUGGAAAGCCCACCACGCCAGUUGGAUUGCUCAAAAGCUCACAGCAAAGAUUUUUCUUCUCAUGGAAAAUCAAAAAAGAAAGCCAAAAAACACAAAGAUAAGGAAAGGGAAAAGGAGAAAAAGAACAAGGAAUGGGAUGAAGAGGAGAACAGCAGAGAAUGCAGAACUGAAACUGAGGAACAAAAGAAAUUAAAGAAAGUCAAUGGUGAUGCUCCCCCUCUUGACUCGGGAAUGAAUGGGAAGUGCACUGGUUCCAGCAAUCCUACAAUACCAACCAAAAAGCCUGAUUACUUGAUCAAAUACACAGCCAUUAUGUCACAAGAGCAGCGACAAAGCUUCAAAGAUGACUUUAAUGCAGAGUAUGGUGAAUACCGCAACCUGCAUGCUAGGUUAGAGAGUAUAACCAAGCGAUUUUUGCAACUGGAUGCAGAGCGGAAGCGUCUUUCUCCUAACUCAGAGGAAUAUAAGAUUGUUGAUGCGGAAGUUUUGCAAGAGUACUGGAAAAUUACAAAGAACAGCCCCAACUAUCAUGAAGAGAAACGUAGGUGUGAAUACCUGCACAAGAAACUGGCUCACAUUAAGAGACUAAUAGCAGAUUAUGAUCGGCAGCGGCAACAAUCAUGGCAUUAGAACUCAUUGGACAAUUUGCAAUAUUCCUCUGUGACCAGAAGGAGAUGUGUAAUAACGAAAAGCUAAUUUAUUUUGAAUUUCAAAAAUGUUACUCUUGGAUUGAUGUCUGAGACUUGUAAAAGUUUUUCAGCAGUUUCAUGGUUAGAUGAUUUAAGUUCUGUUACUACCCUGAAACAUAUAUGCUUUCACCCCCUAGUUUCUUUUGUAAAUCAAGGCUUUAGAACCCUCUUUCUUUCCAAUCUUCUACCAUUACAUUUUUGUUUAUCCACACUGAUCACAUUGAGCAGAUCAGCUGUUAAAGCAGAUGUUAGUUAGAGGGUUCAGAGUACCUGAAGUUUCCUAUGGUUUCUGAUUUGACUUCUAUAUUUGUCUUAACAAAUGAUGGCACUAAUAAACUCUUAACAGUUGGGGUAAACAAAGGUAUGUGGUACUUUCUAAAUUUUCCUAUUAAUUUAAACACUUUGCCUUAAGUGGUAGAAAGUUUCUAAGGUAAUUUGCACAAAAUAGUUUUUAAAAAAAUGUUCAUAGGAAUGUUAGAGGGUUCAAAGAAUGAAAUGUAUGAAGAAGCACUAUGAACUGCCUAUCUAUUUACACUGUGCUGCAAUUUUGAAACCAUAGCCUAAAAAUGCAAACAGCAAAGUCAGCCCCCUAUGCUAAUGUUGCCUUAAGGUGUUUGCUUGUGUACACUUGGUGUAGUGACUUUCAGCUACACAUAGCUUCCUUCUGUCCCAUACCACUGGGAAGCUAACUGUGGCCUACUCGAUAUGUGCAAGAGAGUGUGUAUGUGUAAGGGUGUGUGUGUGCAUCUUGAGGGGGAAAAGAGGAAACUACUACCUUGUAGGCCAAAAUGCUCAGGACAAAACUGAUGAGUGUUAUUAUAGGAAUUUUCCUAUAAACAUACUACUUCCUCUGUGGAAAAAAGCCUUUCCAGUUCAAGUAAUUUAUCAGCUUUAUUAACAUGAAAAAAGUUACUAUAAUACAAAAUUUGAAAGAAUCUAUAGUUUUGGGGAAAUUAAGAAACUAACCUUCAAGUAGGAGACCUAUUUGUAUACUAAAGUAUUUUUCAAAAAAAAAUUAUAUACAAAGAAGCAGUCACCUGCAUGUAAUAGUUUAUUUAAGAUUUGUUUCUCCUGGGUGCCAGGAAUAUAACUGAAAACUGAUGUACUUAAUUAAAAUACUGUGACCAUCAAACAGCACAAAAAUCA